AGGGUGGAGACAGGGGCCUUAGGAAUUGCUCUGUGGGAUGGUGGAGCGUCAGAACUGGAGCUUAGGAGGUUGAGGGAGGGGCCUGGGAUGCAAGGACCCCUAGAGGCAUCAGAAAACAGAGGUCAGAAGACUCAGAAGGUCUCCUCUUCCAGCUUUUCAAUUGCCCUCUCUCCUCACACAGCAGAUUAUUGUCUCUCCUACAAAGUGGUCCAUAGGCUGGGGCAUGGGCCUGGCCUGGCCACACAGUGGCCCUACCUCCCUGUAUUCAGAUGCUGUGUGGUUAGGGAGUCUGCCCUUCUCCAGUCCCUUGGGAUCUGAGUAUCUGGGAGCAGGGCAGGUAGAGGGGGGAGCCAAGGGAGCAAUGAGCCUCCCCCCUCACCCCUUCAUUUCUCUAGAAAGUCAAACCUUAUUCUCUCACAGCUGGAGGGAGCCCACAGCCUUUCAAGGGGGAUUAUGAUUGUUUGAAAGGCUUGUUGUGUAAGGAAGCCAGGCAGAAGGCACAGGUGUGAGGGCUAAAAACAGUUCUUCACGUGAUCUAGCUUUCUCGGCUAGGGGAGUGAGUGAGAAUCCCUCUCUCUAGGAAUAGAGACAGAAGGAACGCUUAGCAUGCCUCUCUCUGACGGAGGCUUUGGGAGGAGGCCAAGCCGGGGCUGGGAUCCUUUGUUCUCGCUAGGGCCCAGGUCAGGGGGCAAAAGAAUGCGCUUGAGCUCCUCCCGCAUCAACUGGUAGGUACCCAGGUACCAGGUGCCCAGAGGCGCUGCCUUCACAAUGAUUCCCGGAUGUUCAGAACAGUGCCCUGUACACACAGUCACCGGCAUCUGACUUCCCCUUCCCUUACACUUGUGCGUUUUGAGCAAAAGGCCUCCGUAGCCUGGGCUUGCCCCAAAGCGCCAGGAACCAGGCGUGAAGGGAGGUGGGUGGCAAGGGCGCGGGAUAGUCGCGGGUUAGGUUACUGAUGUUAGUUUCCAUAAGGCCCUUGGAGGACUGGGCCGGGAAUGUAAUAAUCUAUAUAGUCCUAAGGGGGCACAACCCUUAUCCACCGAGAACAUUGCCAGCGAACCAGAAGCAGACGCGACCCGGUUCCACCCCUGAAUCUCCGGCUCCCGCUGCCUCCUCCAUCCGCCCAAGCUCAUCCACGUCCUCGGGCGAGACCCGUGCGCCCGUGCGCUCCUGCAGGGACCUCUCUUCGCCCGGCUCUCUGGCCUCUCGGGCCUCCGCACCUCCCCGGCCGCAGCGCGUGCGGGCUUUCCGGCGGGAAGGCGGGUCCCGGGCGGCUCA